CGUAGUGGUACGGCCCAGCCGCUGGGGCUGCUCCGGGGUUGGAGGAGAAGUUGGGCUGCAACACGCAGCGGGAGAAACUGGCGUCCUCCUGAAACUUCUGUCAUCGUUUUGUUCGGCAAAGGAAACGUGGAUUUCUAGUCGGAACGAGCACGACGACCUGCUCCCGAACACUUGAGCCCCUUCGCCUCGUGUGAUGUGACGGCGCAAUAUGGGCGAGCUUCCCUGGAGCAGAUAAAACGGCGACGGACAGAGGAAGCAGGAGGAGACGGAGGAAUUUCAACAGAGAGAAAGUACCUCGGCCAUCAUGUCCAACUCGAUGAAGCAGGAGAGAACCAUUUGUGUCCUCCUCCCCAACAAAGACCAGCUGGACAUCACCUUCGGGCCUAAGACGUCGGGACAGGAUGUUUUUAAUCGAGUGGCGGAGCGUCUUGGAAUCAAAGUGCUGCACUUUUUUGGCCUCACGGUGGUGAGGGACAAUGAGCACAUCUUUUUAGACUUGGAGGAGAAAAUCACCAAGUACUUCCCGAAGGAAUGGAUGCAGGAUUUUGGAAAGGGACUACUGAAGAGACCGUUGCCUCUGGUGCUCUGCCUCAAAGUGCAGUACUACGUAGAAAACGGUCGACUCUUUAGUGAACGUAAGGCACGGCAUCUCUACUACUCCGACCUGCGGGAGCGGGUGCUGCGCUCUGAAUGCCGUCAGCAGGAGGAGGUGUACUUCCAGCUGGCAGGUUACGCCCUGCAGGCCAAUCUCGGUGACCACCCUCUGCCUAGGGAGGGUGUGGAGGUCACUUCUUACUUUGAACCCAAGGAGUACUUUCCCCCUUGGAUUGUAGCUAAGCGUGGCGUGGACUACCUUCUCUGCCAUGGGCCCAAGGUGCAUCAGGAUCUGUGGGGCAUGUCUACUCGGGAAGCCAUGCUGCUCUUCAUCAAGGAGGCCUGUCGACUGGAGGACGUGCCCGUCACGUUUUACAGACUGCAGAAGGACAAAAAGGCAGAGAAAGGAACGGCAUUACUCGGUCUGACCCUACGAGGAAUGCAAGUUUAUCAGGAGGUAAACAAUGUGCGACAGAUGCUGUACAACUUCCCCUGGUCAAAUGUGGGACGUCUCACCUUCCUGGGUAAGAAAUUCGAGAUCCAGCCAGAUGGCUUGCCGUCAGCCAGGAAGCUGGUUUACUACACCGGGUCAUCGUUUCGCUCUCGCCACCUCCUCCUGCACCUGAGCAGCAGCCAUCGCCUCUACCUCAGCCUCCAGCCUGCCCUCAAACACAUACGCCAGCUGGAGGAGGGCGAAGAUAAAAAGCGUUACAGAGAGUCCUACAUUAGCGAUGACCUGGACAUGGACCCCCCCGGCAGCGAGAGCAGCCCUGGUCUGUCCCGACACUCCACCAGCAGCUCUGGGAUUGAAGCGGAUGCCCGUCAACACAGCCUCUCCACCGAGAUGGCCUCCAUGGAGGAGGAAGGUCAACGGCAAGCGCAGAGUCGUUUCGGCUCCGCGGCCAGCCGCGGCAGCGCCCGCACCUCUGGGUUUCACACCGGCCGCAAGGCUCCAAUAGAAGACGAGGGGUGGCAAGAGGAAGACAUCAAAAGUGAUAUUGGAAGUCCACCGGGGGUCCUGGUGGACUAUCCCGAUGAGAUGUUCCAGUUGGCGGAUCUUCUGGAUGGAGUGUCGGUGGAUUGUUCAGAACUCUCCUCAGAGACUCUCUCAUCGGAAAACAAAGCAUGUCCCCCAGACAGUGAUGAAGACCUCGGAAAAUUACGUAACAAGGAUACUUUAAAACAGAUGUUAAAAUCUAGGGCGCAGGUUUGCGUGGAGCGUCACAGUCAAAGCCUAGAUGACGUACGUCUGUUUCCCCCCCCGGCUUCCCUGGGGACGACGCAGCCACCCGACUCCUCCCUCAGCUCUACCUUUGGCCUCCCGGAUGCCUCAACAUACACAAAGACCCCCGUUGAGCAAGGCUAUGACCCUCUUUUGCACCGUCAAGCCAAACCUUCCUUCUAUGGCCGCAGGUCUAGCAACUGCCUCUCUCUGGUCAUGUUAGGUGACCAACAGUUCCUGGAAUUCCUACUUUGAAUACUCCCAACUGCCCGCUGUCCACCGCUACGCCUCCUCUUCAUUCAUUCACAGUGCGGGUUAACGUGUAGGUUGCCAACACAUGAAUCGUUUGUGUGGGGAUAACACGCGACGUGUGUGUUUUUAAAAAUUGCAGAGAGACAUUAUUGAAAAUGACACACCUCGUGAUUCUUCAAUAGAAACGGUGUGUAUUAGAGAACAGCUCGAAUUCAGCAAGAUUUCAAUUGAUAAAUGGAGCAUAUUUAUUAAUGUUGUAUAUUGUGUACAUACUACUUGCACUAUUUUAUAAUUUCUUAUUAUGUACUAUAUUUUAUAAGUCCAUGCUAUUCAAAUGUUUCAUUCUGAACAGGUUUGAUGUCGGCGGCAAAACGUUUUCUGUUAAGACAUUUUGACAUUGUCUUUGAUUAUUUCCUUGUUUUAUUCAGGGGAAAGUUUAAAAGCACUGUGCUGAUGUUUGUUCUCUUGCAUUUUGUUUUUAAAAAAAUAUAUUUUUUAAUAUACUCUAUUUUUGUAUAGUGUGCUCGGUCAUGCUUUUCCUAUUAAUCUGUAUCAGCAGUCUAGUUGCUGGUGUGGAAAAUCCGGCUGGUAAUGUUAUUACAUGAGAAAAGUAUUAUUUGUAGCACACUAUUUUUCUAUAAUUAGGUUUAUAAUGAAUCUACAGUAUUUUUGUAUUAGGUAACUCCCAGACAAACCACCUUGUCUACUUUUUCAGACAUUGUCUUCCACUGUUUGGUAAAUAAUAAUUGGUAUGCAAAAUAACUGACGUCUUAAGCCUAUAAAUAUGCAGUCUGAACAAUUAAGUCCAUCAACACUUUCUUCCAAUGCCAGUAUGUAUGAACGGUCAGAAAAACACAAUUAAGUUGUAUUAUGAUGGUGAAAAUAAAUGUUCCACUAAA